AUGCACCGGCGGGCAAUCCUGGAGCUCUCCCGGCGUCAUGGGGUCGAAUAUGCUGCCAGACCCCGACCAGUUUUCUCUCCCGUACUAACAACACGGCGGAGCUUCCGUACGUCACUCGUGACCUUCAACUCCCCCGAGACGUCGCCGGACCCAACUAUCUCGAACAAUGAGGCCGACUCGAACUCGCCUAAGCCCAAAUUCGGCGCUCGCUGGGGCAGCAAGCUCGCGCAAAAACCCGCAGCGUUGAGUCCUGCGGAACAGGCGCUGCGGGAUGCCUUAGUAGCGAAGAAAACUAGCGACGGCUCCAAACCCACGUCGAAAUCCGAUUCGCGUGGGCAAAAUGCACCCUCGCGUCCACAGCAGAAACGUCAUCUACCAUCCGCCCAUCCGUUGCGCGACAAGGAAAGCCAAUCGCUUCAGCCGGAUAAGAAGUUCGAGUUGAAUACCAACAAGGUGCCGACACAUCUUCGCAACAGGGACUGGAUAUGCCCGGAUUGUCAGUACCAUUGUUUCGGCAAGCAUAAGAUUUGUCCGUGCUGCAGAGCGGUUCGACCGGAUCUGAACUCGCCGCCGCCGCCCCCGAGACGGUCACACAAGAAGCAUGAAAGUCGACACCACAGCCCUCAACAUGCGGAGGAAACCAUCAAAAUCAGGAAACUGGGCAAAACGAUGCUUUCUGAGUUGCAGGAUGAGUCCGUGGAGUCCCGGGGGCUGAGUCGGAGGGACAAUGCUCUCCGCCAACAUAUGGCGAGCAAAGGACAGUAUGCCGGGCCCCGCAUUGUCUAUGAUGUCGAGGCUGAGGCCGAACGGGUCGAGGCUGAGGAGGCGGCACGAGAAGCAGAAAAGCGCCGUCGUCUACACCAACACCCCAAAUCCAAAGCUAAGCAGACCGAAGAGACCGCAGACCCAUGGACCUGGGAUUCGUCUUCACUCGACGCAAUGAAGUUUUCCGAAGAGAGCGCACAGCAAAAAAAGCUGUCAAAGCGUCGAGAGAACCGCAAACGGAAUGAAGAAGAGGAGGAAGAUGAAGAGGCGGAGGAGCGUCGGCGUCGCCGAGAGGAGCGGAAACGGCAGAAGAAAGAGAAAUCACGACGAAAAGAGGUCGAAGUGGACUCAGCCCCGAUCCCACUGUACCUGCCAGAGUUCAUCAGUGUUAGCAAUCUUGCCGACGUGAUUGGAGUGCGCCCUGCGCAAUUCGUCCAACGUAUGGAGGAGAUGGGAUUCGAAGAUGUCACAUACAACCAUAUUCUCGACGCCGAGACCGCGGGGCUAGUCGCGACAGAGUUCAACUUCGAGCCCAUCUUUGAAACGGGUGCGGACGACCUGAAAUCGGCCCCUGAGCCCGAGGACAAGUCCAUCUUCCCCCCUCGACCCCCUGUGGUGACUAUCAUGGGACACGUUGAUCAUGGCAAGACGACGAUUCUGGAUUGGUUGCGGAAGUCGUCGGUUGCCGCAGGAGAGCAUGGAGGUAUCACGCAGCAUAUUGGUGCUUUCUCCGUCGCAAUGCCCUCGGGCAAAACAAUCACUUUCUUGGAUACUCCAGGGCACUCGGCUUUCCUGGAAAUGCGCCGUCGUGGUGCUGAUGUCACGGACAUUGUGGUCCUUGUGGUGGCGGCAGACGACAGUGUCAAGCCUCAGACGAUAGAAGCUAUCAAGCAUGCCACCGGAGCCAACGUCCCCAUCAUUGUCGCCAUUAGCAAAAUUGACAAGGAGAAUGUCAACCCCGAAAAGGUCAAGCAGGACCUUUCUGUCCACGGUGUGCAUGUUGAGGACUAUGGAGGUGAUGUACAAGCGAUCGGAGUCAGUGGAAAGACUGGACAGGGCAUGUUGGAACUUGAGGAAGCAAUCGUCACUCUGUCGGAGAUCCUCGAUCACCGUGCAGACACCGGUGGGAGCGCUGAGGGCUGGGUGAUUGAGGGCACAACCAAGAGCUAUGGCCGUGUGGCAACUGCCCUCGUUCGACGAGGUACCCUGCGGCCAGGUGAUAUCGUCGUGGCAGGCACUACAUGGGCCCGGAUCCGCACGCUCCGGAACGAAGCUGGCGUUGCUGUUGACGAGGCUACGCCGGGCAUGCCCGUCGAGAUUGACGGUUGGAGGGAACAACCCUCUGCUGGUUCGGAGAUCCUACAGGCUGUUGAUGAGCAGCAGGCGAAGGAGGUCGUGGAAUAUCGACUGGAGAAAUCCGAGACUCAGAAACUAGGCCAAGAUACGGCCGCUAUUAAUGAAGCUCGACGUGAGGUGCUUGAGAAGCGUCGACAGGAAGACGACUCCGAGGACGGUCAGACUGCCGAUGCUGCACAGGAGACAUCGGGUCCCAAACCGAUCCACUUUAUCAUCAAAGCCGACGUUGGCGGGUCUGCGGAGGCUGUAUUGAAUUCUGUCACCGCAAUCGGUAACAACGAGGUCUUUGCGAAUGUCCUCCGGUCUGGUGUCGGGCCGGUUGGCGAAUUCGACAUUGAGCACGCUGCCACAGCCAACGGUCACAUCAUCUCCUUCAACAUGCCGAUUGAUCCGGCAAUGCACCGCAUGGCUGAAAACCGCGGGGUCAAGAUUAUGGACCACAACAUUAUCUACAAACUCAUUGACGAUGUCAAGGCAACCUUGAGUGAGCACCUCGCUCCCCUGGUCUCCCAACGCGUCACUGGAGAGGCGGAGAUUGGCCAGAUUUUCGAAAUCACACUCAAGGGAAGAGAGAAGACUGCGAUCGCUGGAUGUAGGGUUCGCAACGGGGUAAUCAACCGGACUAAGAAGGUUCGGGUGCUGAGAGGACAGGAGACCAUCUUCGACGGUUCGAUGUCUUCCCUCAAAAACGUCAAGAAGGACGUGACCGAAAUGCGCAAAGACACCGAGUGUGGUAUCGCCUUUGAGAACUGGACCGACUUUGCUGUUGGAGACCAUAUCCAGUGCUACGAGGAGAUCCACGAGAAACGAUACCUGUGA